AUGCAAUUCUCAACCUCCCUCCUCGCCGCAACAGCAGCACUCAUCACCACCGUCACUGCAGACGGCGUCUUCGGAAUCAGCGCAACAACAGUAGCCUCCUCCCCCAUCAGCAUCACCCUCGCCGUCUACAACGGGCUCGUCGGCGAUCCAGCAACCUGCCAAGGCACCGUCCAAGUCGCUUCUUUGCCAGCCAGUGGCACCAUCCCAUGCACCAACGCGGGCUUCUCUCUCUCCUUCACCUGGGCCGACUAUGCUCAGGGGAUUCAAGCAACUUAUGCCACACCAACUUCUCCGGCUUUCACAUACAAUGUUCCAAGGACUGGAUGUGAUGCUGCGCAGCCUCAGACUUGCACGUUUGGAUUUCAGAAUAUCUUUCCUGGUGUCACGGCGGUGGCUUUCAGGGCUUAG